GUCACUGCUUUUUGUGACAGAUGUUUUGCGAGAUUAAUCCGCUUUGUUAAUUCGCGGUCGCGCGGUCGCGAGUCGCGAGCGUGUACGAGCGGUACGCGAGCGAGCCCCCCCUCCUUUUUCCGCGAGGGUUUUCACGCGAACGGGAGCCACGCGUCACCGACCGUCAUCGUGCUGUCAUCGUGUCCGAAAAGUCGGAGAACCUGUCGGGAGAGCCCGGAGCAGACAGAGAAGGAGAGAAACGGAAAGAGAGCGAGUGAGUGCAGGAAGGAGAACGCGCUUCGUCAAAUGUCUUGCGGACGAGGUGGUUAGAUAUCUUCAGCGGAGAGUGAGAGAGAAAAAGAGAGAUAGAUAAAGUGACAGAGAGAAGGAGGAAGAUCAAGUGACUCGACCAGCUGGUCUUGCGAGUUCGGGUACCCGUUUACGAACGCCAGGAAGCACCCGGGGGCCGUGUGAGCGAUAGUGAUCGCUCGGGGAAGCUCGUGUGGCCCAUCAUCAUCGUGGGCGGCGACACAAUGGCAAAAACAUACGAUUAUUUAUUCAAGCUGCUGCUGAUCGGUGACUCCGGCGUGGGCAAGACCUGCGUGCUGUUCCGAUUCUCCGAGGACGCAUUUAACACUACCUUCAUUUCGACUAUCGGUAUCGACUUCAAGAUCCGUACCAUUGAGUUAGACGGAAAGAAAAUCAAACUACAAAUAUGGGACACUGCUGGACAAGAAAGGUUUCGUACCAUAACCACAGCGUACUAUCGUGGCGCGAUGGGAAUCAUGUUGGUGUACGACGUUACAAAUGAAAAAAGUUUUGAAAACAUUAAAAACUGGAUUCGUAACAUAGAGGAGAACGCGUCGGCGGACGUAGAAAAAAUGUUGUUAGGCAAUAAGUGUGAACUUACAGACAAGAGGCAAGUGACUAAGGAGAGGGGUGAACAACUGGCUGUGGAAUAUGGCAUUAAGUUUAUGGAAACCUCCGCGAAAUCUAGUAUCAAUGUGGAAGAGGCUUUUUAUACUUUGGCGCGCGAUAUCAAAGCAAAAAUGGAAAAGAAACUGGAGGCAUCGAAUCCACCGAAAGGCGGCGGCCAUCAGUUGAAAGCUUCAGAACCACAGAGGAAGCCACCUAGUUGGCUCGCCCGUUGUACUAUACUCUGACCCCCCAAAUAUUUUCGACUGUUUGAGGAGGCGCAUCUAUUUACUAUCAUUAUUUACUUAUGUUCAUUUCGUCGAACAAAACCAAUAUUCCGUGGAACUUUUCACAUCCUAAGCAUCGGGUAUAGUGGGUUUAUUCCUUGACAAUGAAACGUUAUUGCAUCAUAUUAAAGACUCAGAAAUUAUUUGCAGGAAUGUUUUUUUUUGCCGAAGAAACCCUCAGAGGAGAAAGUAUUAAAACUUUUUAUGUUGUAUAAGAAGAGAGAAUUGUGUGCGCGUGUUGUUUUAGUUGAUGCAACUGCUCUACAGUUUGUUAUGCAAAUAUUCUACUUGUUAAUCAGUGUAAUUAAAUGAACUUAGGUGAGAUAGUUUCGUGGCAAUUUAAGUUGACUGGGAUCUAACAAUGUGAUCUGUAUCUUAUUGUGUCUCUUAAAAAUUUAUAAGGUAAUUUAUUAAAUCAGAUGAAAAUAUCGUGUCACAUAUGAUAUUUUAAAUAUAUUUAACUUCUCCUCUGGUUUUCUUAUCAAAGGUAAUGGUUGAUUUGUUUUUAUCGAAAAAUCACUUUUAAGUGUAAAAGUACAUGUUACUUAAUUUUUAUGGCAAUGAGAUAAAGUAUACAAUUUUUUAUGCACGAAAUUCUGCAAUUCAUAUUUCAUUGCGAUUUACAUUGUGUGUGUUUCUUUUUUAUCAGAGGACCAUAUGUCUAUGAAAAAAAAUAUAUUUAGAAACAUACAUCACACACCGUACAACAUCACAUACAAUGACUAAAAGUAAGAAAAAAUAAAUAAGAUUAAGCAGUAUAGGUAUCACGAUCGUUUUUAUACUGUUAUUAAGCAAAUAUAGCUUUUUCACAAAAUUAAUGGGAAAAACGUAAAGUGUACUAGAGCUGAUGUAACUAAAAUGCCUUGUGAUGAAUUGAACAAGAACUUUAUAGAGACAAUUUUGUUAUAUCACGAAUAGUCAUAGAAUUUUUAUUAGGUCUAAAAGAAAGAAAACGAGAGAGUGACGAGCAUGAAUACGCGAAAUUUAUCUUCCGACGGAUUUACUUUGCAUAUGGAAGUAGAUUCGUUUACAGGGAUCUGUAUUUAAAAAAAGAAAAGAAAAAGAAAACAAAUUUCUUUCGUUUGCUAGUUGUCAUGACGUGUCCUGUAAGUUUGCAUUUUUACCAUCCGAACUUGUUCAACUUAUACUUAAAUAUACGAACGAUUAUUAUAA